AUGUCUUCAUUCUGGUCCAAAGCGGCGUCAAGCCCGCAUGUACAACUAGCAGCCACUGCCGUCCUGUCUGGCGCGACAGUGGCAUGUCUUAUUUUCGGAUACCAAGCGUUCGAACGCAACGAAAGGAUUCAUGAUUUGAAAAAGUCUAUACCCGUAUCUAUUGAUUCGCAUUCUGGAAAGCUCACUCAAUUCGGUGGCGCAUCUCCCCCACCUCUUGACAAGGAGGAUGCGCGUAACCAAGCCCUUGCAAGGAGGGCCCAGGCCGGUGAUUUUGAUGAGGAACUGAUUUUGGAACAACUUGCCCGUAACAGGGUCUUCCUCAAGGACGAAGGUCUUCAGAAACUCCGCGACUCGUUCGUCAUCGUUGUCGGUGUCGGCGGUGUGGGUUCUCACUGUACAACCGCUCUCGCCCGUUCCGGUGUCUCCAAAAUCCGUCUCAUCGAUUUCGACCAGGUUACCCUCAGCUCUCUCAACCGACACGCCGUGGCCACCCUCGCCGACGUCGGCCUCCCCAAAGUCCAGUGUCUCUACCGCCGCCUCAUUGCCAUCACUCCGUGGACCAAGUUCGAGCUCAAGAACCAAAAGUUCGAAAAGGAUGUUGCCGAGGAGCUCCUUGCUCCGUGGGCUGAGAAUGGGCAGAAGCCCGACUUCGUUGUAGACGCCAUUGACAACAUCGACACCAAGGUUGCCCUGCUGAAGUACUGCCAUGAUCACAAGAUUCCCGUCAUCUCCAGCAUGGGCGCCGGAGCCAAGGGAGACCCGACUCGCAUCAACGUUGCCGAUAUUGGAGCCAGCACCGACGACGGUCUUUCCAGGGCCACCCGCAGGAAGCUCAAGCUUCUCGGCGUGACCAGCGGUAUUCCUGUUGUCUACUCAAACGAGGUUGCUGGUGAGGGCAAGGCUGCUCUUCUGCCUCUCUCUGAGGAGGAGUUCAAGAAGGGCACCGUUGGCGACCUCAGCGUCCUCCCCAGCUUCAGAGUGCGAAUUCUUCCAGUCCUCGGAACCAUGCCUGCCAUUUUCGGAUACAUUGUUGCCAACCACGUCAUUCUCAGCAUCUCAGGAUACCCCCUUGAUUACGUCCCCGCAAAGAACCGCGAUAAGCUCUACGGCGACAUUGUGGCCUUUGUGCAGGGCUCAGAGACCCGACUUGUCCAGCACAGAGACGGCAUUGAGGAGUCCAGGGGACUCAGGGUUCCCAUCUCUCUCGGAGAUGCGGCUUUCCUUACUGAGGAGCUGUGGAAGGGACGUAGCGCCGUCACCGGUCUCAUCAAUAGACUGGUACUCGUGCGGUGGAAGAGGCCGGAGGGCAAGACGAAGCUCAAGAUCGGCGAGGGUGCCGAGGAGCAGAAGUGGACCAACAUUCGCUUCCGCGAUCUUGUUUGCAUGACCAGAGAUGAGGCUCUCCGCCACGAAAAGGAACACCUCAAGGGCGAGGCCAAGUUGGAGGACCUGUACGAUGCGGAGGUGAUUGCACGGAUUGAGGCCAGACUUGAGGAAGCUGCUGAGGCUGAGAAGUUUAGACUAUAG